UUGCUUACAGACAAACUUCCAACAAAUGUGCACAUCUUCAAAUGGCUCCCACAAUCAGAUCUUUUGCAAAAUCCCAAAACCAAAGCAUUUAUAAGUCAUGGAGGGUAUACAAUUUUCGCAGGAGUACUAUUAAUCACCAUCCCUUUCUUUGGUGACCAACCAAGGAACGCCAGAUUGGCUGAGAGACAUCACCUUGCCAUUAGGAUUCACAAAAACGAGGUCAGUGUGGAUACAGUAGCAGAUGCACUGAAUAGAGUGCUUACUGAUGAGAGCUAUUCCAAAAAUAUAAAACGACUAUCGCGGAUGGUUAGGAAGAAACCUGUGAGCGUCAGCCAACUUCUUGUUUCUUGGGCUAAUUUCAUCGCAGAAUUCAAAACUUUGGAUAAUCUUGUGCCAGCAGGAAAUAAACUCAACUUUAUUCAGUACUAUUUUUUGACGUUGAGCAAUUUGAUGGAAGAAGCAUCGGAAUUUGAUCAUGUCGUAGACCUGAGUCGCCUUCAGUUUGGUACCAUACUAUAUAUGCCAUAUAUUACACAAUUGCCUACUGUAUACUAUCGGUGUGUAUACCAGUACAUAGUUCUACUAUUUAGUAAAAAAAAGACGUAAAC